CUCUCUCUAUAAAACUGUUGCAGCGCAAGGAAGACAGCAACCAACAAUUAUUAAUCAACCAGAAAUGGCCCUCCCCAUCUCCAAUCUUUCCGUUUCCACCAAUGCAAUCUCAAAAUAUGGCCCUGAAAUCAAGAACUCUUUGACUCCAACUUCCCCACAGAGAUCCAACAGUCUGAGAAUAACAGAAGAGUCUUCCUGGAACAAGCAAGUUGCUCCCAAGCUAACGUGCAUCAUCAUCGGAGUUGGCGCCGGCUUCCUCGGCGGCGGUGAAGUAAAACUUUCGGCAGCCGCGACGGCGGACGGCGCCAGAGCAGAGGAAGUGGUGGUGGCGGCGGCGCAGCGAGGGAGAAGCGUGAGAUGGAGCGAUGCAAGGAGGUGUCCGCAGUGGAGCCCAAAUUCUUUGGAGACGGUGGUGCCGGAAAAUCUGCCGAGGCCUUGGAACAGAAGGAACUACGAAGUUGGCAUCAUCGAGCAGUCGGCUCCAAGCCUGGGAGGCUCAAUGAGAGGAGGAUCCUGUUUCUCACUCUAAAAGUAUCUAUGACGUCCAACGGUCUGGAUCUGAUCGAGAUCCUGCAUCAACGGCCACAAUCUCCCCAUAUCAUACAAUAAUUAUUCAUAGGCUUAUUCAAGUUUAUACUGUAAAUAAGAUUUUACAUCAACACCGUUCUGUUGGGGGACUGGUUAUGUCAAGUGGUUAUGUCAAGUUUCAUUACAAGCUCAAUGAUGUGAUAUCUAAAUUCGAG